GGAGACUGUGAUUGUGUUUCUCUCUCUACUUCUGAAUCCGGGGAGUACACUUUGAAUAUUCAGGGCACGCUUGUCAGAGUCUUAUGUUUAUUCAAAUUAGGACAAGCCUGGACGGUUAUACAGCGACGUGUGAAUGGAGACGUGGACUUUUACAGAAAUUGGAGGGAGUAUGCCGAAGGGUUUGGAUGUAUAAGCAGCAGCCUGUGGAUCGGAAAUGAUAUCAUUCACGCUUUAACAUCCACGGGCCACAACCACCUUCGACUAGAAAUGGUGGACGAGAAUGACAUCGAGUAUUAUAUCGAAUACACAUACUUCGCUAUUGACGAAGAGACGGACAAAUACCGGAUGCAUAUAAGUAACGUUGGAGCUGUUGGAAAUGCAUCGGACACCUUUUCGGGUAACUGCGCCACCUAUUGCCAUGACAACAUGAAGUUUACCACAUACGACAUGGAUAACGACGAGAAAUCCAGUGCGUCGUGUGCAGUGAAAUACAGAAGUGCUUGGUGGUAUCAAAAUUGCUUCUAUCUCAACCUCAACGGCGACUACACGGAGAGAACCCUGAUGUGGUGGAAAUCUGGACGGAAAAUCCUCAGUAAGGCUCAAAUGCUGCUACGGAAGUAACUCGUGUGAACACAUUUUAAGUGGUCAAAGAAAACCUUUAGUAAGACCGAAAUACUAUUUCAGGAGUAACACGUGAAAGGGCGAAGAUAACGAACAAAGAUGAAAUCACAGGCACCAAUGCAUAUCCAUGUAGGGUGCUCUAUACUAUAUUCAUCAAGAUUCAUACUCACGUCGUUCUCAUUCAUGAGGAAAUGGCUAUCAUUUCAAUUGGUAAAGAUAUCGAAGGCAAAAACAUUGGAAAUGUAAAUAUUUGCAUGCAUCAGAGGGCGAAAUCAAUAUUAGAAUUUGAUUUCCAUGUAAAGUUGUAUCUUUGUAAAUAUUUCUUCAAAUGACGUGCCCAUGAUGUGUAUCAUGUUUUGUAAUUGUUUGAUUAUUGUGCCAUGUUGAUAAAUUAUUCCCCCCUCCCCCAAUAUUCACACAUUAGAGUUUUGAUAUCACGGUACGAAACAGUAUCUACCCUAAUUAGUAACUCAAAACUAUUAGUUACACAGUUAGCUAGUGACCUGAUACGGAAAUAUUUUUUUUUUUGGUCACGGCUGCAAGUCGAACCCGACAAUAAAUACAAUUACUCUCCCAAUACGGAUUUUACUCGCAUAAGAUGGUAUUUUUCAAUGCGUCAUGUGACCAAGAUCUGACCAAUUAGAUUUCAACAAUUUUGUCUGAGGCGUGAUAAUCAUUUAUAUGCACUCCAAAAAUUCUAAUUAAAAGUACCUCGUGUACAUACCCUGACAUGGAGCUUAGCCAGAGAAUCGCAGAAUUUUUCCCAAAUCAAUAACAUUAAAAGCUAUACCUCUUCAACACUAUACACGACCAUUCCUCACGAUAAAUUAAAAAAACUAGACUUUUUGAUAUCAUAGAAAAACCUGGACUUGAUAUGAGAACGUUUAGUAACUAUAGGCCAGUAUCAAAUAUCCCAUUCAUCAACAAGGUCAUCGAGCGUGUUGUUGCACAGCAGCUUAAUAGCCAUCUCACCAGAAAUGGUCUACAUGAUGAUCUGCAGUCAGCUUCUAAGACCGGUACCAGCACUGAGACAGCCAUGCUACGAAUAAAAGCAGACGUAGAAGCAGUACUGGAUGAAGGUGACGCUAUGCUCCUGGUCCUUCUUGACCUAAGUGCGGCAUUUAAUACCAUCGAUCAUACCCUCUUGUUAGAGAUACUAACGUGUGGAGGCUGGAUUGACGGACACAGCACUCCGUUGGGUACAGUCUUACUUGAAUGGCCGCAUACAUGCGGUGAAGAUCAACACCAGUGUGUCCUCAGAUGUACCACCGUCCACCGGAGUGCCCCAAGGGUCCGUUCCCGGCCCCCUUCUAUUCCUGGUGUACCUUCUCCCACUCAGGAGAGUUAUUAACCAAUAUACCACAAACCGUCAUGGGUUCGCAGAUGACACUCACCUUUACAGCCAUUUGAGUGUAAAAAAAACACACUGUAAAACGAAUCUAUCAAGUCAACAUUAUUGAGGAAUGCAUAACAAGUGUCCGAACCUGGAUGACUGUGAACAAACUUAAACUAAAUGAUAGAAAAACUGAGAUUAUGGUGGUUGCUAGUACCCACAACCAGUGCCUUGUAAAGGAUAUCCGUCUGAAGAUUGGUGAGGCAAUAUUGACACAUAAGACUACUAUUAAAAACAUCGUUACUGUCCUGGACGCCUCCUUAUCAAUGGAAAUACAAUUCAACUCCGUGGUAAGGAAGAUGUACUUCAACAUCAGGAGAAUAUCCAAGGUGAAACACCAUCUCAACCAGGAAACGUAUGCGAAGGUCAACAAUGCAACAGUCAUAUCACACCCUGACUAUCAGAAUGCCCUCCUGCUUGGCAUGACCGAUCGCCCCAUGUACCGACAACAAGUGGCUCUGAACAACACUGCAUGUUGUCUCACAAGAACGUGCUACAUACAACAUAUUUCGCCGAUACUUCAACAACUACACUGGCUUCCGGUAAAUCAACUUGUUGUGUUUAAAGUGCUGACAACCAUACAUAAAUAACCACAAUCUUUCUCAGCACCAGCAUACAUGAGAGAGUUUUGUCCUGUUUAUCAGCCACAUAGGACCUUGAGAUCAGCAUCCGACCAAUGGAAAUUGGUAGUGAAGAAGUCAUCAAACAAAUACGGUACAGGAGCCAUAAAAUCACUAGGUGCACAAUUGUGGAAUAAACUGCCACUGGAACUUUGAGAGCUUGAAGCACAUGGAACAUUCCGUAAGAACAUAAAAACACCCUUGUUCAAGCGUGAAUAUGCCCUGUGAAUGUAGAAUUCAGUGUAGUAUCAAGGAUUCCAUGUGCAAACUGAAUUUUGAUCCAGCAUACGAAUACCUGUAUGCCAAUUUUAUCUUGUCAACUCAAAGUCAACCACUUCGUCAUUUUACUACCAUGUUUUAUUUUAAUUCUUUCUAUUGUUUUAUCAUUUUCUUCAUAGCUCUUACAGGUCUUUUAUUAGAAUGCAAG